GUCCCCGCCCGCCCGGUGGAGCGGCUGCUGGCGCGGCGCGGCGCGGCUCGGCACGGCGGCGCCCGGGCGCAGGCAAGCCGGCGGAGCAGCGGACGGCGCCCAGGCCGCCCCAGUCGCCGGGCUCGCGGCGGAGAUCGCCGGACUCGUCGGAGCCCACGGCCACCCGCGCCUUUCAAUGGGCAGCUCGCACUUGCUCAACAAGGGCCUGCCGCUGGUCAGACUUUGACCCCGGCGCAGGCUUCAGUGGUCGCCGUGGAUCAGGAGUCUAAGAGCUUUGGUUCGAGACAAUUAAAGACGUGGGAUGAGGAUCCAGUGACAGGACGCGGUUCUGCCUGGGGAUUCUGAAGAUAAAACGCGUUGAAAAGUGGAAUUCAUGGUCGUGGAAGCCAAGCCCAUAUUAGGCAAUGUCAGGCGUCCGACCCCCGAUCAUGAACGGGCCCCUGCACCCCCGGCCCCUGGUGGCGCUGCUGGACGGCCGGGACUGCACGGUGGAGAUGCCCAUCCUCAAGGACGUGGCCACAGUGGCCUUCUGUGACGCGCAGUCCACGCAGGAGAUCCACGAGAAGGUGCUGAACGAGGCCGUGGGCGCGCUCAUGUACCACACCAUCACGCUGACCCGGGAGGACCUGGAGAAGUUCAAGGCGCUCCGGAUAAUCGUCCGGAUCGGCAGUGGCUUUGACAACAUCGACAUCAAGUCAGCUGGGGACUUAGGCAUUGCUGUCUGCAAUGUGCCGGCGGCGUCUGUGGAGGAGACUGCUGACUCCACCAUGUGCCACAUCCUCAACCUGUACCGCAGGACCACCUGGCUGCACCAGGCGCUGCGGGAAGGCACGCGGGUCCAGAGCGUCGAGCAGAUCCGGGAAGUGGCUUCCGGAGCUGCCAGGAUCCGUGGGGAGACCUUGGGCAUCAUUGGACUAGGUCGCGUGGGGCAGGCGGUGGCGCUGCGGGCCAAGGCCUUCGGCUUCAACGUGCUCUUCUACGACCCGUACCUGUCGGACGGCACAGAGCGGGCGCUGGGGCUGCAGCGGGUCAGCACCCUGCAGGACCUGCUGUUCCACAGCGACUGCGUGACCCUGCACUGCGGCCUCAACGAGCACAACCACCAUCUCAUCAACGACUUCACUGUCAAGCAGAUGAGGCAAGGGGCCUUCCUGGUGAACACGGCGCGGGGUGGCCUGGUGGACGAGAAGGCCCUGGCCCAGGCCCUGAAAGAGGGGCGGAUACGCGGGGCGGCCCUGGACGUGCACGAGUCGGAGCCCUUCAGCUUCAGCCAGGGCCCCCUGAAGGACGCCCCCAACCUGAUCUGCACCCCCCACGCGGCCUGGUACAGCGAGCAGGCGUCCAUCGAGAUGCGCGAGGAGGCAGCCCGGGAGAUCCGGAGAGCCAUCACAGGCCGGAUCCCCGACAGCCUGAAGAACUGCGUCAACAAGGAUCAUCUGACAGCUGCCACCCACUGGGCCAGCAUGGACCCUGCUGUUGUGCACCCUGAGCUCAAUGGGGCCGCCUACAGCAGGUACCCCCCAGGCGUGGUGAGUGUGGCUCCCAGUGGUAUCCCGGCCGCAGUGGAAGGCAUUGUGCCCAGCGCCAUGUCCCUGUCCCAUGGCCUGCCCCCAGUGUCCCACCCGCCCCACGCCCCGUCUCCCGGCCAAACCGUGAAGCCCGAGGCGGAUAGAGACCAUUCGAGCGACCAGUUGUAGCGCGGACGGAGCUCUGCAGCCUUGGCGCCAGCAGGUCGCGGCCUCGGGCAGGGGUGUGCGGAGGAGGUGCCCUCGGUCGGCAGCGGCACUCCAGAGACUGUCCGGGUGCCCGGCGGCGGGAGGCGGCGCCGGCUCCUCCACGUUGACCAGUCCCGUCCCAGGGGCCCGCGCUGCCCUGUGUUCUUUGCGUCCUCGUUAAGCAAAACAAGUUAGUAGUUAAUUCUAUCAUGAAUGUUCUUGUCUGUGUGCAGCCUUUAGAACAUCACAAAGGAUUUGUUUGCUUAGCUGUCAACAACCAGAACCCCAAGGGAGCUCAGCAGUCAGUUCAGAUCGGUUCCCUUUUCUACGGGAACGUGCCGGAGCGAGGCAGUUGGCAAACUUCUCAGGACAAUGAAUCCUUCCUGUUUUUCUUUCUAUGCCACACAGUGCAUUGUUUUUUCUACCUGCUUGUCUUAUUUUUAGAAUAAUUUAGAAAAACAAAACAAAGGCUGUUUUUCCUAAUUUUGGCAUGAACCCCCCUGUUCCAAAUGAAGACGGCACCGCAAAGCGGCUGGAGAGGCGGGAGCACACAGCAUGCUCUGCCGUCGGCGCUGUCCCAGGGGAUGCGAGGCGCGGCCUCCGGCCUGCGCGGGUGCCGUCCUGCUGAUGUGGUAGGCUAGCAAUAUUUUGGUUAAAAUCAUGUUUGUGACUGUAACCAUUUGUAUGAAUUAUUUUAAAGAAAUAAAAUCCCAGAAAGAG